UCUUGUUUGAAAAAAGUUGAAAUCAGUAAAGGAGGUAGCUUGGGCCUCUUUUUUCUCUGCACCCAAACUUCCCCAACGCUUCCUUCCCCGUCUCUCCCUGCAGCCAUGACUUGCCAAUUCUAGAACAAGACCAAACAGUCUCUCCAGCACACUCUCUGCUCUCUAACUUGAAAGUGGAGACGAAUCUAUCAACUCCUUUACAGCUCCACCAUUUGAAUCACAAAAAUUCCCUUCAAUGCCAGCCUUCUCAGUCACCUACAUCUAGUCCAACCCACCUCACCUGAAUACCAAAUGGAGCGGCACCGCAAUCUCCUCAUCAUUCUCACCGUCGUCUCCCUCUCUCUCUUUCUUCUCCUCUGCUCCGCACUAUACCUCUAUUUCCGUCGGAGAUGCGCCAUUAGAAGUAGGAGAAGCUGCGAAGACUCCAUGGAGGGCAAAAGUUUUGAGCUUGUCAAAGUGGAGGCCGAGGAGCUUAUCGUGUUCCCCGGCUGCGAGCAUUUGAGUACGAAGGACAUACUUGAUGCGCCGGGAGAAGUGGUGGGGAAGUCGAGUUAUGGGACUCUGUACCGUGCCACCAUCCGGAUCUCCGACGCCGGCGUAAUGCUUCUUCGGUUCAUCCACCCCACCUGUUCUCGCCGGACUCGCGAUGUUCUUACGGCUAUUCGGUUGAUUGGAUUGAUGCGGCAUCCUAAUCUGGUGCCGCUGAGAGCUCUUUAUGUGGGUCUGCGAGGGGAGAAGCUCUUCAUCUAUCCCUAUUACGCUGCGGGAAAUCUCGCUCAGUUCCUGAAAGAAAUCAGUGCAGCAGGAAGCUCUGAAACCAAGAGAUGGAGAAUCAUAUAUGAAAUAAGCCUGGGAAUUGCCAGAGGACUGGAUCACCUCCACAACUCAUUGCAGAAACCGAUCAUUCAUGGCAAUCUGAAGUCUAAAAACGUGCUCCUCGGCGCCGAUCUUCAACCUCACCUCUCCGAUUUCGGCCUCCACCUCUUUCUGAGCCCUUCUGCGGCGCAAGAGAUCCUCGAGGCAUCUGCGAUUCAGGGAUACAGAGCCCCCGAGCUGAUCAAGAUGAAGGAGGCCAACACCAAAACGGAUAUCUACAGCUUCGGGAUCGUCUUGCUGGAGCUAAUUACUCUCAAGGAUGCGCCGAGUUGCAGACUGUUGGUGUUUGAUAGUAAGAUCUAUGAUACUCUCAGUUCCGAGGUCGUCGACAAUGGCGGAAUGGAUCAGAACUGGAGUACUGAAGCACUUCUUAGGUGCUAUCAACUGGCGAUUUCGUGCUGCUCGCCAUCGCCGGCGCUGAGACCUGACAUUAAGCUUGUGAUCCGAAAGCUGGAGGAGAUUGGGUGUUCGUGAGUGUGAUUAGGGUCUAGGGUUUCUAUUUUAUUGUAUGGCUGGCUGAGUUCUGCAGGAGACCAUGUGGUGGUUGUGUGUGGAGCUGAGUUACAGUUGGAGCAACCAGUUUAACUUCACUAACAAAAAAAUGCCUUUGGUGUCUUCAGUUCAAAUUUGAUCAGUGAUGGGAAUAGUAGAAAGAAAUUUGAUUUCAAUAUUU